CUUCCCAUCCCUAAAAACGUGAUAAACACGCUUGAUUGUUUUUAAAGUUGAAUUCGCUUGAUCUUCCAAAUACAAUGGCCCUUUUAACACAGAAGCGUGCGAGAAAGACUCCAGCUCCGGCAACCGAUAGUUCCGCAGAUGAAUCCGAUUCCGAGGGAAGCCAAAAUGCGGGCAGCGAUGUCGAGGCCGGUGGCGGCUGGGCAGAUUCCAUCCUGAACGUACUGAAAACCACCAAACCAGAGGCCAAAGACGAAACUGUUUUAACCCGCGCCAAGAAAGGUCAGGCGGCGGUCGGUGUCCAGAAAUCCAGAGGAUCUACGAAGCAGUUCGACUUCGAGAUCGACAAGACAACGGCGAAAAAAGGACAGGAAGAAGACAACGACGACGACGAUGAUGAUGUGAAACCUGAGGCAUCCGCUCUGGAUGCUCAGCUGACAAAGCAACAGCGCAAAAAUGUGCCAUUGCAGUUGCGAGUAAAGCCUAGCUACCAGGAUAUGGCACGUGAACGAACUCUGCGAAAGGUUGCCACCCGAGGAACCGUUCAGUUCUUCAAUGCGGUUCGCAUUCAGCAGAAGAAUCUACAGCACGAGUUGGAGGAGGCUGGUCCCCUGGACAGCCGGCAGGACGCAGUGCUCAACAAUAUCAAUAAGCGCAAGUUCCUGGACGUUCUGAUGAGCGGCAAGCGAUCCAAAUCCACAGCCAUAGAUAAUUCAGUGAAGAAGGAAGAGCAGGAAACUGACGACGACGAGGAGGAGGAAGACGGUUCCUCUGCUCCCAUUAAAAAGAAGUCCGAGUGGAGUGUGCUGCGCGAGGACUUCAUGACUAACAAGAAAAUCAAACACUGGGACGAGGAUGAUGAUGAUGGCAGCGAUCAGGACGGCAAUGACGAUGGAGCCGAUGAUAGCGAUGAUGAUGGGGAGGACUAGUUUUAAUUACUAAUAAAAAAAUGUUAGCUUUUCA